ACCCAGGGAAGGCGAGGGGCGGGGGCAGGCGCUGCAGAGGCAGACGGGGAGCGCCCGGAGGGCGAUGGAGGGGGAGCCCCCGGGCCCCGGGGAGCAGGCGCUGCAGGAGUUCCAGGCUCUGGUGGAGCUGGUCGGGGGGAAGCCAGAGGUGCUGCUGGUCGGGGAGGUGCUGGAAGCGGGGGAGACCCGGGCGCUGCUGGGGACUUUUGCCCAGGAACUCUUCGGGGAGCAGCCCGGGCCCGCGGCGGGCAGCGAGAGGCAGCCCGGGGACCAGGCGGGCGGCGGAAGGGAGAGGGGGGCGCGGCCCGGGGACCAGGCGGGCGGCGGGGGGACGCCGGGAGGCAGGGGGGAGCCAGGAGGGCAGCCCGGGGACCAGGCGGGCGGCGCGGGGGAGCGGCCCGGGGACCAGGCGGGCGGCGGAGGGGAGCCUGGGGGGCGGCCCGGGGACCAGGCGGGCGGCGGGGGGACGCCGGGGGGGCAGCCCGGGGACCAGGCGGGCGGCGCGGGGGAGCGGCCCGGGGACCAGGCGGGCGGCGGGGGGAUGCCGGGGGGGCAGCCCGGGGACCAGGCGGGCGGCGCGGGGGAGCGGCCCGGGGACCAGGCGGGCGGCGGGGGGAUGCCGGGGGGGCAGCCCGGGGACCAGGCGGGCGGCGCGGGGGAGCGGCCCGGGGACCAGGCGGGCGGCGGGGGGGAGCCGGGGGAGCGGCCCGGGGACCAGGCGGGCGGCGGGGGGGAGCCGGAGGAGCGGCCCGGGGACCAGGCGGGCGGCGGGGGGAAGCCGGGGGGGCGGCCCGAGGACCAGGCGGGCGGCGGGGGGGCGCCGGGGGAGCGGCCCGGGGACCAGGCGGGCGGCGGGGGGAAGCCGGGGGGGCGGCCCCGGGACCAGGCGGGCGGCGGGGGGACGCCGCCUCGCCAAGUCCGGGUGUGCCUCGGCCCCGGCGGCGCCGGCCGGGAGAUCCGCUCCCGGCUCAUCUUCCUGCUGUGCCGGGCUGGCUCCCUGCAGCCGCGGCGGGCCCGGGCCCGCCUGCGGGAGAUCGCGCGGGACCUGCGGAGCCGGCUGCCCCGGGGCCCGCCGCCAGCCCUGGUGGGGGUGAUCGUGCAGCCCGGCCCCGGCGAGGAGGCGGCGGCGGCCGCGCUGCUGGAGACGCUGCUCUGCGAGGUCUUCCAGGGGCAGCGGGCCGGGCGGCAGGACACGGUGCAAGCGGCCGCCUACAGCCCCGGCCGCCCGGACGGGACGCUGGAGGUCCGGAGAGCCGCCUGCCGAGCCCUGCGAGCGGCCCUGCAGCACCGAGCAGGUGGGGAGGAGAGAGAGAAGCGGAGAUUCCCCUCCCUCCUGCGGUGCGUCCCCUGGGGCAGGAGGAGCCGGAGAAGAGGCCGAUCGGCUAAUGCUGCCAACAACCUUCAUGAGGGUGGCCUGCAAGACUCCAAGGAGGGAGUGGCUCUGACAGGCAUGUCGCUGAACGGAAACUGUGAAGAAGCAAGCAGAGGCACAGGCACUUAAAGCUCCUGGAUGGCGUCAAGGCAACGCCCUUGCUGAUUUGCUCUUAUAGCAUAAGGAUGACGGGCUGAAUUCACCCUGGUGAUCUUCUGGAAAGGGGACAUGGAAGCCAUCACCCAGCUCUUGGGAAAAGCUGAUACCUUCUGUAGCAACAGUGUCCGAGCCAGAUAACCGUCCUGCUCCCACCCCACCAUUGCUGCAGCAAAACCCAGAGGAGGGUCAUGUUCUACCACCUGGCAGAGUUCAUUUGUAGAUGCAUCCAAUGGGAUUUCUUAAAGGCCCACAGUCCAUUUUAGCAUUUCACGGGAUGUGUGACUGCAGGAAUCCCAGGUAUAAAACGUGCUCAGCUGCUAGAAGAGAGAGUCUCUCAUUUGAACAACAAAAUUCCCCUCCAAGAGGCUUUCUGGGUUUCUUUGCUGAUGAAUGCAAUCUUCUGCCUUGCCCUCAUGCUUUAGUGCUGUUCUAAAGCUCCAGAUAACGGCCUCAAUAGACCUUCCAUUUCUAUUAUGGCUUCCCCAUUAGGAAACAACAGGCAAGUGGGGGAGAAAGUGAUAAGAGCUGCAGGGAGGUCAUGGUGCACCUGCUCAUCUCCAUGUACAGACCUUGGGACACACUGGUGAGUUGAAGAGGAUUGAAUGCAAUAAUCUAAUGUGAAGAAAGGCAAUAAUUGCUACUGUCAUGCUGGACAAUCACGUGCACGAUGCAGAAGUCACUGAUGGUCAUGUCAAUAGGAGAGCGGUCUGAGAGAGCUGUUCAUUCCAUGCGGCUAGUCCUGGUGCUGAGUGAGUGAUUUACAGGUUGCAUUGGAGGCAGAGCAACCAACAGUGCUUAUAGCAUUUCCACGUUCUGAUGGGGUGACAGAUGUCCAUACCCCCCACCCUCCAACUUCUUAACCGUGGGAUCCCAACAACCACACAGCUUUCAGGCCCCGAAGAUCACCCUAUAUGUUCAUCUCUCUUAAAGAUGUGAC